AUGCGUCGCAUCGUAGACCUGUUGCUUAUAUGUAGCUUUUUACACCCUUAUUUCUAUUGCACAGAAGGCUCCGCAUCAUUUUGCAAAAAACCCGAUUGGUUUCAAUGCGAUAAUGGCAAAUGCAUACCUUUCGUAUCAGAGUGUGACAAAUAUAAUGACUGUGGUGAUAAUUCGGAUGAAGAAAAUUGCACGGACUUUAAACUGAUACUGCCCGAUUCCAUCAAAUGCGCCAAAGACGAAUUUAUAUGCGCGGAUUCCGAAUGCAUACCAAAGGGAAAGUUUUGCGACGCAGUACCCGACUGCUUGGAUGGAAGCGACGAAUAUACCGGCUGUGUGAAAAAGUUAAAAUGCAAAGGCAAAUUUCGCUGUUCCGACGGGCAUUGUAUAGCGAAAGACUGGGUUUGCGAUAACAAGAAGGAUUGUCCCGAUGGUAGCGACGAACGAAAUUGCGAAAAUAAAAUAUUGGACGCGAGCAAUUGUACAAAUGAGAAUGGCGGGUACUUGUGUAAAAAUCAAAGAUGCAUCUCUCUUAGCACGGUGUGCAACGAGAAGGACAACUGCGGCGAUGGAUCGGAUGAAGGCGACGGUUGUAAAAAUAGUACAGCGUUAUGCACAUCAAUGGGAUGCAGCGAUAUAUGUAGGAUGACUCCUAAUGGACCUAUUUGUACCUGUCGACCUGGUUACACAUUACAAGAUAAUCACACGUGCAUAGAUAUCGACGAGUGCGCAACUUAUGGGAUAUGCGAUCAACGAUGCAUGAAUACGAAAGGGUCAUAUAAAUGCACCUGUCAAACGGCUUAUUCGUUACUGGACGACAAGAGAACCUGCCGAGCGCAAGGCGGCGAGGCCACAAUGAUGUAUUCUACGAAAACGGAGAUUCAUGCAAUGUUUCUCAAUUCGAGAAUGAACGUCACUAUAGCGCAAAACUUAAGCCAUGCCGUCAGUGUAGCUGUGAACGGAGAUUACCUAUAUUGGUCCGAGACCGAGGAAGGCAAGGAGGCGAUCGUGAAAAGUAUCUUUGGAAUAAAGAAGGAAUUCAUCGUUACAGCAGGUUUAGACAUGUUGACGGAUAUAGCUGUCGACUGGAUCACAGGUAACAUAUAUUUCACGGAUGACGGUUACAUGCGUAUCGGAGUUUGCGACAACAACGGCACAUACUGCACUGUAUUAAUCAAUAAUCAAACUAGAAAUCCGGGGGGACUAGCCUUGCUACCAACUAAUGGAAUAAUGUACUGGAGCGAUCGAAGCUCCCACGCGUAUAUAGCGAUGGCAGGGAUGGACGGCAAAAAUAGUCGUUUAUUCCUUACUGAAAACGUAGAAUGGCCAAAAAGCAUGACCAUCGAUUAUCCAAACAACCGAUUGUAUUGGGUAGAUGCUAAAUUAGCUGUUGUCGAAUCAAUACGUCUAGACGGCACUGAUCGAAGGACUGUACUGCGCGAUUUUGUACAACAUCCAUUUUCUUUGGCUGUCUUCGAAAAUAAAUUGUAUUGGAGCGACUGGACCGAAAAAACGAUACAGUCCUGCAAUAAGUUUACAGGGAAGGAUUGGAGGAUCGUGUUACGUGCUGAUAACACACCGUACGGCGUGCAUAUCGAUCACUCAGCGUUAAAACCUAAAAACCCUAAUCCAUGUAACUUGAAAGCUUGCUCGCAACUGUGCAUGUUGAACCAAAAUAAAAGCUAUACGUGCGCUUGUACUCUGGACAAGAAACUGGGCUCCGACGGACACACAUGUCGAGAUGUGAAGAAGAGGCAACACAUUAUUAUCGCUGCGAGGGGCGCUUUUAUUGAUUAUUAUCACGAAUUACUGGGCAAGCCGAAGAUAACAGCGAACAAUGGCUACAGACACAUAACUGCAGUAGCGUACGAUUCGCUUUCCGGCUUUAUAUUUGCCGGCGAUCAGUUUAGCAACAACAUCAUUCGCUACGAUCCGGUUUACGGCGAUAUUAAAAUUUUCAUGUCGAUGAGGAACGAAAUUUUAGGAGGAAUGGCGUUUGACGACUUUGGCAAUAAUUUAUACUUGUCGGACAUAGAACGAAAGACUAUUGAAGUGCAUAGUCUAUCAACCGCGGCGAACACGACUUUCUACUUGGAAGAACGACCUUACGACAUCGCAUUGGUGCCUGAAGAAGGCGUAAUGUUCGUGGUGUUCCGAGGCGAAAAAGGCUACCAUAUAGACAAAAUGCAAAUGACUGGAAUUGGUGUGAGAACAAAGUUCGUAGAGAGCGAUUUGCUGGGCCCGACGGUGUCGUUGUGCUACGACAGAGAGCAGAGAAAAAUCUUUUGGAGCGACGAAGGCACCGGUCGCAUCGAAAGCGCUGAGACCACAGGUUUCGGCAGGUAUCUUUUCCGUACCGGACUAAAGGAGCCCGUGAGCCUUGCCGUCGCCGGAGAAUACGUUUUCUGGACCCAACGCGGAUCGAAUAGACUGUUUUCGGCUGAUAAGAACAAUAUGCAUCAGAAGAACAACGGUGCCAUGAUCCAUAUGGCUGAAAAAGUAGAAAUAACGCAUCUGGUAGCCCUGCACGGAAUUGUCGUCCACGAGGAGUACAGUUGCCGCGACAACAAUGGCAAUUGUUCGCACGUGUGCUUGCCUUCUCCUGACGCUUCAUACAUUUGCGCUUGUCCUCCCGAAAUGAUGUUGAGUGCGGAUAAUCAUACGUGCAGUCCGCAAUCCGCCUGUCCGCCCGGCAAGAUUAAAUGCAGCGAGCACAACGUCUGUAUAAAACGGCAACAAUGGUGCGACGGUAUCCAAGACUGCCCGAACGGCGAAGACGAGCCGAGCGGUUGCAAGGAGGCCGGCCACUGCGGGAAAGACAAGUUUAUGUGUAAAAAUGGCCAGUGCAUAAACGGGAAAGAUCGAUGCAACUUGCGCUACGACUGCCCUGAUAAAUCCGACGAGCAUGACUGCCGGAUGAUACCUUGUCGAAAAGACGAGUUCCAGUGCCACGAGGGAAGUUGCAUAUCGAGUUCUCUAGUAUGCAACGGCCAUUUCGACUGUUCCGAUACUUCCGACGAAUUAAACUGCGAAACACAUGAGUGCCUUCCAAGCGAAUUUAAGUGCGACAUUGGAAAAUGCAUUUCGAUACACUGGAAAUGCGACGGCCAAAUCGAUUGUUCAGAUGGGACAGACGAAUCCAUAAAGAUCUGCAAGACGAACGUGUGCAAUGACGGGCAGUUCAAAUGCACCAGCGGUCGUUGCAUAUCUUCUUCAAUGAAGUGCGACGGCUUCAAUGAUUGCGAUGACGGAAGCGACGAGCAAUAUUGUCUAAGCGGAAAAAAUGGUCAUACUGGUAAUUGCACCGACGACGAAUAUCCGUGUUAUAACACAGAUAUGUGUCUCCCGAAAAGGGUGAGGUGCAACGGUGUCCAGGAUUGCCCUAAGAAUGACGACGAGCACAAUUGCGCAUACUGUUUCGAGAACGAAUUCGUCUGCGACAAUACAAAAUGUAUCCCGCAGAGCUGGGUAUGCGACAAAUUCGACGACUGUGGCGACAGAUCCGACGAGAAAGAGUGCGGCAGAAAUAAUUGGAAUAAUGUGAGAGUCAAGAUGAGCAAAUGUGAAGAGUUCAUGUGUUCUAACGACACUUGUCUACCGUUUAGCAAAGUGUGCGACGGUGUGCAAGACUGCCCGGAUGGUAGCGACGAACAGAAAAAAUGUUCAACAUCGUGUGGGCAGAACAAUCGCUGUCACGGUUUGUGUCACAAGACGCCUCAGGGUGGAGUUUGCGAUUGCAUAAUGGGAUAUCGCUUGGCUGCCGACAUGGUGUCCUGCGACGACGUAAACGAAUGCGAACGCGAGGUUUGCUCACAGUUGUGUCAUAAUACCAUGGGCUCUUUCACGUGCUCGUGCUUCAACGGAUACGUUAUACGCGACGAUAAGAUCUCUUGCAAAGUCAUCGGACCGCCGAUGGAAUUGAUCACCGCCACCGAUAGAGACAUCAGGAAGAUAUCAUCGAAUGCACAAUCAAUCGAUGUGAUCCAUCCGUUAUCGGGCCUCAGAGUAAGCGGUCUCGAUGUGAACGCGAUCGACGACGCGAUUUAUUGGAGUAACCAUGAUUUGGGCACAAUCAACAAGCUCAACGUCAAGACGAAGGAGUCGAGGUUUGUCACGGGCGUCGGGAACCCGGAAGUUCUCGCGGUCGAUUGGGUUACUAAUAAUAUCUACUUUAACGAUAACAAUCGGCCGAACACGAUCAAGGUGUGUAACUUGGAGCAAGAAAAAUGUGCGACAAUAGUCAAGAUAGAAGGUGUUGGUAAGGUAACGUCUCUCGUAGUUGACCCAAAUAAUAGAUGGCUGUUCUGGGGUCAAACCAGCUGGCAAGUGUACGACAAGCCAUUCAGUGAAAUAUAUCAAACGGACAUGAUGGGCUCCAACAUGAAGAUAAUUGCUUCUCGACGUAUAGGCGUCGUGAAUGGAUUGGCAAUCGAUCACAUGAAAUCUAAACUGUACUGGACGGACAGCUUUUACAAAACUAUCGAGUCAUCUGAUUUGGAUGGGACUCAACGUAGGACAUUCUUGAAAACAGUGCAUCAACCGUUAGGUAUCAGUAUUUUCGAAAAUUCGCUGUAUUGGCUGAUGGGUUCAAACGGCCGAUUGCAAAAGUGCAAGCUCUACGGCGAAAAAUCGUGCGAAUCGAUAAACAUAGGCUUGGACAAUAUCCACAAACACUUCGCCAUCCUACACGUUUCUAAUCAUCCUUCUGUUGGGAAUCCUUGCAAAAAUCUGAAGUGCGGCUAUAUGUGCGUUUUGACGGAUAAAGAUGCGGCAUGCAUUUGCCAUGACGGUAAACCGAUAAAGCCUAACAACGUCUGUCGAGCAGAUACUCCGAAUGAUAAAGAAAUGUUCGCGUCGAACGAAACCAAUACUCGAUCAAGACCCAUUAGACACUACAACAGCACCUUUAGCGGAAUAUUCAUCGCGUUGGCGAUCAUUAUAUUGGUUCUAACCGGUAUCUUUUACUACCAAAAACAUAAAUUAAAGAUGGCAGCACUGAACAAACUUAGUAUCCGCUUCCAAAAUCCAUCGUACGAUCGAAGAGACGAAGUUACGGCGACGAUCAUUUCAACGGCUUCAAAUUCAAUAUCUCCCGGAGAACACGAAUAUACGAAUCCUAUCAACGAAACAUUGUUAAUGGUAUGAAGUAAUAAUGUAUUAUCUAAUGUGAUUGUGGAGGAAAAUGAGACAAAGCAGUCAGAAACGGCGAAUGUAAGUCAAUUGGGACAAGAAGUCGAAGCAAUCCACACGAAACAAGACACUCUCAUUUCUUUCAUGCGAUAAAAGUGAUCCAACGUUAUCAGCGAAAAGCAUCGGAACUUAAUAUUAAAAUUGAAUUUUUAACAGUCUUUAAAUAGCUUUAAAGAAUGUUUCAAUUGAUGUCAUUACAAUAGUGACACAAA